AUGGACAUCAACACUUGGUGCAGCUCAAGCUAUGUGAAAAAAAGCUACGAUCGAAUUAAUAUUUCGGUUAACAAAUUCGUUUCAGGCUCAGGAUCAAAAAGACCAAGAUGGAGAGUGCUGUGGAGGAAGAUAACGAGAGAAAAGAAGAGAAUUUUCGACUGUUCUUCAAGUAGCUGUACUCGUGUGCAUGAGCCUUAUGAUCCUUUGACUUACUCACAAAACUUUGAUGAUCAAGGAUUCAUCUGGGAAGAUCCUGAUAAUGUUUCUCGAUCUUUUUCUGCUCGGUUUGCCGUUCCAUCAAGAGUCUUUGAGAAGAGUGGUGGAUUUCAGCCUGUUUAUCACGAAUAUUGA